AUGUCGUCGGAAAAAAGCCUCGACACCGCCGACUGCGUCGUCUUUGGUGUGCUCACCGCUGUAGGUUACAUCGUCGGGAUAUACUUCUCAUUUUCCCGCCGACGGCAGAAGCUGGCUUCCAGCGAUGGUGAUGUACCCAGCGCAGAUUUCGAAGCAUUCCUGGGUGGCCAGAGCCUCCCGUCCGUAGCUCUGGCCGUCUCCGUCGUGGCGUCCGUGGCGAACGGCAUGAACGUGGUGGGAUUCGUGGGUCACUACUACGCCUACGGUUUCCACGCGCUGUGGAUUCUGGCGGGAACGGCCUUUGCGACCACGUUUGCGGUGGUUGUGAUGAUUCCGUUGCUCUACAGGCUCGGCGUGGCAUCCAUUUUUCAGAUGUAA